UUGUUGACAACCUGUUAAUUUUGCAAUGUCCUCAAAUGGAGUAAAUACUUAAAUGCCCUUCACCUUUGCUGAGGGCAGUAGUUCAGUGUCUGCAGAGGACAGGAAAUAUCAAAAAUGGAGUUUAGACUUUUUAUUGUUUCGCUUGCAUGCCUGUGCUGUCUAACACCGCCAGCCCUCGGCAGUAUCACUCUACUGAAGGCCGCAGCGGUAGCUAAGGGCGCUGCUUUACUGAAAGCAGCGGCAGUGGCUAAGGGUGCGGCCCUAUUAGGCGCGGGGGCGCUUAUCAAAGGCGCGGCUAUUAAAGGAGCAAUCAAAGGCGCAGCAGCCAAAGCGGCAACUAUCUUGGCAGCAAAGGGCGCCGCAGUGAAGGGCGCACUGGCAAUUGCAGCCAAGGCAGCCGACAUCGCCGUACAUAACCUACCCCCUGUCCAAUUACCACGGGUAGUGGUGCAGCCGGUUCCUACGCCAAUCGUUAUCCCAGCAAACACCAUCGCAGUCAGGACGGCCCCCUCUCUCCCCCCGGUGCUGCGCAGCCUCACCUCCCUAUUGAGUUCGGCCCACAGUGCCGUGCAGCACAAAAUCGACGCUGUCAGCAAUGCCCUGCACCCUCCGCGUGUCAUCGCCUCACCCAUAAGAGCGCCUGUUUUUUACGAAGUCCCGGAACCAGCGCAGUUCUACCCUUUAUUCCAGAGGGUCGAGGACGACUGCCUGUGAGGUUGACGCCGCUACACAAUGCUAUUUAUAAUGUACUAAUAAUAAAUUAA